AUGAUUUCAGUCUUUAGUCGUUCUGGCCUGGAGGUCAUCAAACUCCCUCGAAGCUCCAACAUGACGUUUACAGACCAGACAGAGAUUUUCUCCGAAAUUUUGGCCUCAAAACUCUUUCCCUCCUAUGAACUUUUCCGCCAGGCAUUGGAACUCUUCACAAAGAUCACCGGCAGUAAGUUUGCCAAGGAUAAGACCAGUCUGUAUCGGCCUGGCUCCUUGAAUCGUGACAGCCUGGUCUACCGGUCGGCAGAAUUCAAGUGCUCCUCAAAAUGUGAGGCCUGUUUUAUCCUUGGCUGUAAGAAAAGACGCCUGUUUGUCAAAAGGUAUCACAUGGUGCACAACCACAGUGUCGCUGAUUAUCAAGCAACCCCUCAGCCAGUUGUGGAAAUUCCCGAAGUUUGUGACGAUCAACAUGUUGAUUUGACCGUGCAUUUUAACGCUCACUUUCCGUCUCUUACGUUUGCCAGCUACGAUGACUUGAUGGAAGCCCUGGCGAGCUUCCAGAAGGCGACCGGUAGUGUCUAUGUGAAGAAGUCAGUACACAAAUGGCCAAUUGGACACGCAAACAGUAGAGAUCUUGUUUACUCGACAAUAUGCUUCCAAUGCGUUCAUUAUGGUAAUUUUUUCAGCAGCGCUCGGAAGCCGCGAAAUCACAGCGUCGUGCCUUUCCGCCGCAAGGAGCCCACCUGCGUGCCAGCUAAGAAUUGCGGGUUACCAUGUGCGUCUGCUGCCAACGAAGACGCUUCUCUGAAUCAUUCCGCUCGGCCGUUGAGUGAGUACUUUGGAGAGAUAGUUGACGUGGACCAUUCAAAAUCGCAGGAGGCAUCACCUGUACCAACCUCGGGAGUCGUCGGUAUGUCCUACUCCCCACCACCGCUAUCCAAGGCGGAUUACUACGAAGGCUCACAGCGACUGACGUCUGUCGAGCCUCUGUUACAGUGUAUUCGCGGGAUCCUUGUUAGAUCCGACAGCCAUAUCUUUGAAAAACGGACAUCUGAUCUUCGUCUUCUUGUACGCAGCUGGGAAACAGCCCCGGCCGUAGACUCGAGGCGUAGACAAUGCCGACCUAGUCGAUGA